AUGCGUGACAGCAUAAAGGGGUCAGAGGAUCCUCCAGCAGUGGUCCCUGCUCUCCCGCAGUCUCAGCUGAUUGAAGAGGAGCAGGACGAUGUGGCGUCCCUGGCCAUCUCCAUGGAGGAAUGCAAAUUCAAAGUUGGAAAAGAGGACCACUCCUGUUUAGAGGUCUCCCCGUCUGAGACCUAUAUGGCUCCUAGCGGUCCACUGGUGGACGAGGUAGCAGCCCUUUCAGAGCAGCUCAGUAAGUCAAUAAAUGCUGUGUGUCGGCUUGCUUGUGUUCUAUUUUACAGAGUUUGUGAUACUGUGUGUAAGAGUUUAGAAAUGGCAAGAACCAAGCAGACCGCUCGUAAGUCCACCGGUGGAAAGGCGCCCAGGAAGCAGCUCGCUACCAAGGCUGCCCGAAAAAGCGCCCCCGCUACCGGCGGCGUGAAGAAACCUCACCGCUACAGGCCUGGGACUGUGGCUCUGAGGGAAAUCCGCCGCUAUCAGAAAUCCACCGAGCUGCUGAUCCGCAAGCUGCCCUUCCAGCGGCUUGUCCGAGAAAUCGCUCAGGAUUUCAAGACCGACCUGCGCUUCCAGAGCUCCGCUGUGAUGGCGCUGCAGGAGGCUAGCGAGGCUUACCUUGUCGGGCUCUUUGAGGACACCAACCUGUGUGCCAUCCACGCCAAGAGAGUCACCAUCAUGCCCAAAGACAUCCAGCUGGCCCGCCGCAUCCGAGGGGAACGCGCUCCGCCGGCCUGCAGGAUCUUCUUGAGCGCCGCCACGGACAGCCCGCUGCGCUCCUUGGAGGCAGACACAGCCUUGACGAUGAGCUCCGACACGCUGGGACCCGAUUUCUUGGGCUUUGCUGCGGUCUUCUUCUUGGGAGCUUUAGCCGGAGCAGGAGCGGCUGCUCCAGCACUGGUCCCUGCUCUCCCGCAGUCUCAGCUGAUUGAAGAGGAGCAGGACGAUGUGGCGUCCCUGGCCAUCUCCAUGGAGGAAUGCAAUUUCAAAGGGGGAAAAGAGGACCCCUCCUGUUUAGAGGUCUCCCCGUCUGAGACCUAUAUGGCUCCUAGCGGUCCACUGGUGGACGAGGUAGCAGCCCUUUGUCGGCUUGCUUGUGUUCUAUUUUACAGAGUUUGUGAUACUGUGUGUAAGAGUUUAGAAAUGGCAAGAACCAAGCAGACCGCUCGUAAGUCCACCGGUGGAAAGGCGCCCAGGAAGCAGCUCGCUACCAAGGCUGCCCGAAAAAGCGCCCCCGCUACCGGCGGCGUGAAGAAACCUCACCGCUACAGGCCUGGGACUGUGGCUCUGAGGGAAAUCCGCCGCUAUCAGAAAUCCACCGAGCUGCUGAUCCGCAAGCUGCCCUUCCAGCGGCUCGUCCGAGAAAUUGCUCAGGAUUUCAAGACCGACCUGCGCUUCCAGAGCUCCGCUGUGAUGGCGCUGCAGGAGGCUAGCGAGGCUUACCUUGUCGGGCUCUUUGAGGACACCAACCUGUGUGCCAUCCACGCCAAGAGAGUCACCAUCAUGCCCAAAGACAUCCAGCUGGCCCGCCGCAUCCGAGGGGAACGCGCUUAAACUGCAUCACCCCUAAAACAAAAACACAGUGAAACCCAAAGGCUCUUUUAAGAGCCACC